AUGAGGUUUCAAUGCGACGCCAGAUACGUGCUGGUGGUCGAGAAGGACGCGAUAUUCCAGCGCCUCACGGAGGACAGGUUCUUCGACAUGGUGCCGUGCGUGAUGGUGACGGGGAAAGGCAUGCCGGACGUCGCGACCCGGAUGUUUCUGAGGAAGCUGUGCGACUGCUUCCCGUGGAUGACUGUCCUGGGGCUGGUGGACUGGAACCCUUCAGGCGUGGCGAUACUGUCUGUGUACAAAUAUGGAAGCCACAGAAUGGGCCUGGAGUCUCCAAGGUAUGCCCUCCCGUCCCUGCGGUGGCUUGGAGUCCGUUCCCCCAUGCUGCAACACGUGGAUCCCGCGAUGUUCCAGCCGCUGACUGCCCGAGACAGGGCCCUGUCUCGGACCCUGAGGUCCAGGCUCGCGCACGAGCCUUCGUGGGUGGAGGAAAUCUGCAGCAUGGACGAAACCGGACGGAAGGCGGAAAUUGAGGCGGCGUACAACGUGCACGGCUUCGAUGGGCUGGCCGCCGCCCUGACCAGAAGCAUUUUGAGGCGCGAAUACAUUCCCUAG